AUAUAUAUAUAUAUAUAUCAGAAGAGGGUGAUUAAGUAUUAAUCCAUCAUCAUCAAUUAAUCAUGGAUAUUUCUUUGAAUUAUAUGAAUCUGAAGACAGUAACAGUAAUGGCUCCCUUGCCACAUAAAGGGGUUAGAGUAAUAAGUUUGAAGCUGAAGAAGAACACCAUUUCAUGCAGAUCAUCAUCAACUAGUAAUCCGUACUACGAGACAAUGCAAGAUAAGAAAAAGGUAAACUUCUACGAGUUGCUUUCUCUAGGCUCUGAUAAGAAUGUGGAUUUGCGGGAUAUAAAAAAGGCUUAUAGGAGCAUGGCUCUUCAGUACCACCCUGAUGUUUGCCCUGACCCCUCUGCUACCAGACGAUUUGUUGAGCUUCAGAAGGCCUACGAAACACUUUCCAACCCAGUUUCACGUAGAUUGUAUGAUUACGAGUUGAGUUUGGCUCAUGAUAAUUUAGGGUUGGGGUUUGGAGUGGAGGGAAUGAGAAGAUCAUCAUCAUCAUCCUCAUCCAUGUUUAUCAAGGAAGUUUGGGAAAACCAACUACGUGGAUUGAGGAGAAGGUCUGAAAUUCGAAUGAAGAAGAGAAAAUGUUAAUAAUCAAUGAUCGAUAAAUUUUUAUUAUUAUUAAUUAUAUAGGUAAUUAGAUAUAUACACUAAUGAUUUUUAGUGUAUGAUCUAAUUAUGCUCCCCAUUCUUUGUAUUCAUAAAAGUUCACAACUAUUAUUAUGAUACUUUGCUGAUUCAAAUAAUAAUUGAUAACUAUAUUCGUUUAUGUGCUAAAUAUAAACACUAACUUUUAUACAAA